AUGGCUCCCUCCAUCGCAGAACUUUCCUCAUCUCUCUCUCCUCCCAUCAAGGAAAUUCCUGCAUCCACCACUUCUGAGCUCGCAGGAGAACAUCCCUCAAAACCCUCUACGGUUUCAAUAUGGCAAGCCAUCGCUACUCGUCGUCAACAAGAAAUUCUCUCUUCUAUUCCCUCGGAAUGGAUUCUCCCAGCAGAUCUCUUCAAUUCUAAACGUCCUCUUGAUUUAGUAAAAACUUGUGGGUUGUUGAGUGAGAGAGAUAUAAAGAUUGUGUAUAGUACUGCGGUGGAUUUGCUAGAGAAAAUGAGAACGAGAGAGUAUACAGCUGUGGAAGUUACGUCGGCGUUUUGUAAAGCAAGUGCGGUUGCUCAUCAAGCGACAAAUUGUCUCGCCUGGACCAUGUACCCCAGCGCCCUCUCCCACGCCGCCAAACUCGACGCCCACAUGACCCAAACCGGAUCUCCCAUCGGCCCCCUCCACGGCCUCCCCAUCUCCGUAAAAGAACACAUCUACCUCCUCAACACGCCCUCCACAUCCGGCUUCGUCGGCUGGGCCGACAAUUUCUGCACCUCCCCCUCUCGAGAAGGAAUGUGCAUCCAAGUCCUCCGGGAAAGCGGCGCAAUCUUCCACGUCAAAACCACCAAUCCCCAAGGACUCAUGGCCCUCGAAACAACAUCAAAUCUCUAUUCCACCACCACCAAUCCCCUCAAUACCUUUCUUUCCCCAGGUGGUUCCUCAGGCGGCGAAUCCGCACUCAUAGCCAUGCACGGUUCGAUUCUCGGAAUCGGCACGGAUAUCGGAGGAAGUAUUCGUAGUCCCGCGCUCAGCUGCGGUAUCUACGGGCUCAAACCAAGUGUAGCGCGAUUACCGCAUUCCGGACUCUCGGGUGCGCAUGAGGGAAUGGAAAGUGUGAUUGGGGUUGUGGGUCCCAUGGCGACGUGUUUGGCUGAUGUGGAAUUAUUCUGUAAAACUCUACUGGAUGCGCAGCCCUGGAGGGGAGAAGUGGGUUUACUUCCUAUCCCAUGGGGAUGUCGGGAAGGUGUUCCUGCUGCUGUGGAGAAUGAACAGAAUAGGAAAUUGAAAAUCGGAAUUAUAUAUACCGAUGGUGUACACACUCCUCAUCCACCCAUUACCCGAGUGCUACACACCACAGAAACUACGCUCAAAAAAGCAGGACACGAAAUUCUUCUCUUCCCCACACAUCUCCACGCUCCUCUCAUCUCCACCAUCGACGCACUAUAUCUUCUCGAUGGCGGCGCCGAAUACCACUCCCAUCUCUCUCUCACCUCCGAACCCCCCACCGCACUACUCCAAUGGCUAUUAGAAAAACCAACCACGAAACAUCGCAGCGUUGCCGAACAAUGGAAAUUACAUAAAGAGAGAAAUAGAAUCCAAGACGCGUAUGCGAAGUUGAUGGUAGAGAUGGGUGUGGAUUGUAUUAUUGCGCCGGGAGGGGUGAGUGUGGCGAAUGCGCAUGGAGAGGCGAGGUAUUGGGGGUAUACGAGUGUGUUUAAUGGGUUGGAUUUACCGGUUGCGUGUUUGCCGGUUGGGGAGGUGAUGGAGGGGGAUGCGUGGGGUGGGGGUGGGAAUGAGGGGAGAAAAACGGUUAUGGAAGGGCUUUGGGGACCGGGGAAGGAAGGAGCGGAGAAGUAUGAGGGAGGAAGUGUGGGAUUGCAGAUUGUGGGGAGGAGGUUGGAGGAGGAAAAGUUGUUGAAGAUGGUUGGAAUUAUUGAGAAGGAUUUGGGAUUAUCUGGGUCGAGUUAG